AAUUAAUUUAAUUGUCAAAUAAUGCCGAAACUUGCCGUAUAAUUCAUAAUCCAUAAUAAGAAUUAUAAGUAAUAUUUCCCACAGUUUUAGUGUAAUAGGAUUGAUCCUGUUAAACAUUAAAAAGUUUACGAAGUUUGUACGACACUUAAUAGAAGUUAUAUAGACAAAUUAUUUCAUUUAGAGAUUCUUUGUAACUUGAGCAUAAUAAUGGCACCUAUCCAAGGAAAGUAUCAACAUUAUAAAAAUGAAAAUAUUGAAGACUAUUUUGUUGCAGUUGGUGUACCAUACAUUGGUCGAAAAAUGAUGUCAAUGUCUUCACCAUUAAUGGAAAUAACAUUUGAUGGAGAAAAUAUGACAAUAAAGAAUUCAUCAUUACUCAGAACAGUGGAACAGAAAUUUAAAAUUGGUGAAGAAUAUGAGGAACAUAUGCCUAAUACUACUAUUAAGAGUGUUACAACUAUUGUAAAUGAUAAUGAAAUGAUGACAAAUUCUGUAAUACCAGAAAAUCAAGCCAAAUGUGGGCGACAUUAUUUAUUCACUGAGGAUGAAUGUAUUGUUACACUAACCCAUGAAAAGGCCAACACACCUGGCAAGCGUUACUUCCGCAGAGUUAAGGAAUAAACAGCUCAAAUCUAUGAAACAUCAAGCAUCACAACUCAUUGUAUUGUUUAUUCUUUGGAAAUGUAAUUUUGUGAUAGUUUUUAUAUUAACAUACUAUCUUUAUGCUUAAACUGUGGAUACUUAAAGUUUUGUAAUGGGAUAAUCAUUUUAAAUAAGGGUUUUAUAUUUUUUUUACUGCCAAUUCUUUAUAUUUUAUUUUUACAAUUUAUAGUUAAGAAAUAUGUAUAUUAUAUAAUGAGAGUUUAAUGGUUAUUUAAUUUUUAUGUGUUACAUAUUUCGAGUUUUUAAAUACAUAUAUUUAAAUCUAGGUAAUCAUAUAUCACAAAGUUGGUGAUUAUCUAGAUUACACAUUAUA